CCGACUAUAUGUGUACAAUAUUAUUGAUUUGUUAAAACGAAAAUAGAACAAAUUCACGUGAAACAGCUGAGUUCAGUGGAUUUUCGAGGCCAGCAGAGGAAUUGGCAAGUUCUGACGAGUUUAACUACUACAAAUUAAUCAAUGAAUAAUAAAUAAAUAUGACCAGAAGAUUCUACUACUUGUUGUCUAGUUUGAAAAAUCAAACACAUAACUUCGAAAAUGCAAAGUUAUCCAAAUUGGCACAGCGAAUCGAAGAAAACACUCAGAUUUCACGAGCUCAUUUGACUCCUGAAAUAGCUCUUAGAUUGAUAACACCCGAAUGUCGAUUAUUCCAUGAACCUAUAAGAGAAGAAAGCGAAAAGGUUUUCGAAAAUGAUCCAUUUUGGGGAUUCUACUGGCCUGGUGGUCAAGCAUUAAGCCGAUUUAUUCUGGAUAAUCCCAUCCUAGUUGAAUCAAAAAAAGUCCUCGAUGUUGGCAGUGGAUGUGGUGCCUCUUCAAUAGCAGCAAUGAUGUCCAAAGCAAAAUCAGUCACAGCAAAUGAUAUUGAUCCAAUUGCUUCAGUUGCCGCACAAAUGAAUUCUAAAUUGAAUGGGCUACGAAUUGGAACAAAUAAACAAAAUCUUAUUGGAAAUUCAAAUAUUGAAGAAGAUGUAAUUUUGCUAGGGGAUGUUUUUUAUGAUGCAGAUUUUGCAGAAACUCUUCUACCGUGGUUGCAUGAGUUGCAUAAUCAAGGGAAGAUGAUAUUUGUUGGUGACCCUGGUAGACAUGGAUUGACUGAAAAUCGACUGAAAUUUAUGAAGAAGCUGGCAAGCUACGAACUCACUGAGAAUUGUUGUAUCGAAAAUAAUGGUUUUAAAAAUGUUCAUGUUUGGAAAUUUAGAUAAUAAAGAAACAUGACAAGUUUAUUUUUUGAUACUUAAACUUUAAAAACUU